AUGUCGUCGCGGAGCGACGAGAGGGGCACCAAACCGGGUACGCUACCGGUACCGUCGGCGCAAGCCGACGAGGAGGGUAGCGUACCCCAACAUGGGGGCCAAGCCGACCCUCCGUCUCAUGUGGAUAUUUUCAGGAAGGCGUUGAUGGCAAGUGAGCAACUUAGCCGAUCGCCAAGUGUUGAUACAGUGAAUGCCCAGUUGGACCAAGUAACCGUCGAAGACGAACAGCAGAUGGAUAUUGAUCAGGUUGGUGAUACCGAAGAAUGGCGUGGGUUGCUGGGGCGGAUUGCUCCCACUUGUGAAGCCGCCAUAAAGGCGAAGAUACGUAACAUCUCAGCCGCCAAGUUAACUUACAUUAUAGACUGCGUGCGAGAAAAAGUAGAUUAUGCAAUUGCGCAAAUUGAGAGCUCUCUGCUGACGACGAAGUCUGAAGCAGAUGAGUUUUUAGAGAAGCUUGCUUUGCCGCUUGAGGAGCUGAAAGUAAUUACAGUUAGAGAGAGUGGCCAAGCUGAAGUUCUAAGAGAGUUGACUGGAAUACUACAGUGCAGCGAGGGUGACCUUACCGAAGUGGUGAGGGAGCAGAAGCAGUCAUUGUUACGUUUGAGUAAAGUAAUUCAGUCAUUUCAGGACAGAGGCGUUGGCCCACAGCAUGCGAGUACGUCGCACACGCAAGCGGCUGCAGGUAAUGAGAUGUUACGUGUAUCGUUAAGAACGCUCAGAGGAAGUGAACCAUUACAGGGCACACCUCUAGGCAGUUUGCACGGAUCAUCAAAGAGCAGAGAUGGGCAUCCACCGCCCCCGAAAUCGAUCUCGGAAGGGCAAUCGCGAAGAUCGUCGACAGUAUCUUCCCUCGCGCACAGCAGGGGUGAGUCAUAUGACUAUUCUGAUCCACAUAAAUGCUGUUCUUGUGAGUCUGGGUCCCAAGGGCAUAUGAUGGCGCAAACGGCACAGAUGAUAUCGGGAUUAAAAGAGGUAAUGAAGGCACAGUGCCUCAAGGAGGUGGUAAGGUACAACGGGAAAAACUCGUUAGGAGAUUUUCUCAGAACUAUGGACUUUAAAUACCCUAAGAGUGCUUGGACAGACUCGGAGCGACGUGACAUUUUGGUCACACUGUUGGAAGGACAGGCGAAAAUGCUGUAUAGGACGCUUCCGAAAGAAGUCAAAAAGGGCCCUUAUGAGGGCCUUGUUAAGGAGUUAAAGGUUGCGAGGUCAACGCCAGGUGAGCGACUCAAGCUACUGAAAGAGUGGGAUACUCUGCAAAAGAGAUAG